AUGUGGAGCAGGCGCGGCCUCGGCGUCCGCACAGCUCCCCUGCAUCUCCCCCUGGGGGUGUGGGGGCCGAGUGGGAGAACUGGCGGACAGAGGAGAGGCGCCUCGCUCCCAAGGCCCGGGCGGGGAGGCCUGGCCUCCUGCUCAGUCUGUGCAAAUGGAAAAAGAGACACAAUAACAAAAAGCUCUGGACAAAAUUCACAAAGCAACCCACAGAAGACUCCGAAG